AUGUCGAGAAUGCCACACCCGAAAGAUCCGCUGCUGCGUGCCCCGGCCACCGAGCAUCAUGGGUUCCUUGAUCAAUGCCACAGCUUCCAGGUCGUCGAUCACAGUCGAACCUCUAUGGAUCGACAUCCGUCUUUUGACGACGGGCCUGCUUUCAAUCUAGCAACGCAGUCUUCUCCCGUCCCCAUGCCUGAAAGUGCUCCUGCUUUUGCAGCGUCCGAUGCGUUGUGGAACACCGAUGGACCAGCAUCGGCACAGACCUUUACCUUCGAUCCGGGAUCUGCCAGUACUCACAAUUUCGACUUCAGCCACUUGACGGACACCCCCGACAUCGAUGCGAUAGAGAAGGAGAGACCAAUUAUAGUUAAUGUGCCAGGUCUACCGGCUUCCGAAGACGACUACUUACGCACACAAGGAUGUUUCCAGCUGCCGCCCGUCAAUGUUUUACGGCAAAUGAUAUGGUCUUAUUUCCAGAUGGUGCACCCAAAUUUGCCUGUAGUGUCAGAAACUGAGGUCUGGUCACUCUGGGAUGGUUCGGAAUUCAAGCUAGGAACUUUCUCAUUCCUCCUCGUUAGAGCCAUGGUCUUUGCUGCGACCAACUUUGUCGAGCCCGGAGUGCUCAGCACGCUGGGUUUCAGCAGUAAGAGAGAUGCUAGAGUCGCCUUCUACAAGCAAGCAAAGGCCUGCUUCGAUAUUGGUGUCGAAAAGGAUCCCGUUGCACUAACGCAAAGCUGUCUUCUACUCACUUACUACGCACCCACGUAUAACACAUUGCGGGUCAACUCGUACUGGCUAAGGACGGCAGCCCACUAUGCAAAGAUUGCCAAUGCUGCUCGGUCGGUAUUACUGAAACGCAUCUGGUGGGGCGUCAUCUUGAGGGACCGCAUCCUGUCACUGCUACUUCGGCGUGCUGGACAGGUCCCUUUGGAGUCGCCGUGGACCAGUGCGUCCUCUGUUCUAGAUUCCGGUGACUUUGAACUGGAGCUUGGCAAAUCUCACGUAUACCAGCUUGAUGCUCAACAUCGCAACAUCAAGGUGAUCUCCAUGACCUGCAGCUUGGUACAGCAUCUUACAGACGCACUGGAUCUAUACAGGCACGAAGACUUGCAGUCACGUCUUGAGCACGCCGGAGAGUCGCUUCCUGCAAAUGUAGCCAAGAUCCAGACCGCGCUAGCCACCUUGCUACACUGGCAUGAAAGAUCAAGUGCUGAGUCCCCAUUCCCUAUCGGCCUGGAUGAUGCAGAUGAGACACCAGCUGUCUGCAUCUAUGCCAACAUGGCAUUUUGCUACUACUCGAGCGCAAUCUUCGCACUCAAUCAACACUUAAUUCUGCUGACAGAAGCCUUCCCAGCAGCACGGUCGCUGUUUUCCCGUGUGCAAGAGUUCGUACAGGUACAGCUCGUCAAGUUCCUUCCUAUCAGUGCAUCUGCAUUCAUCGGGAUCCCACUGGUGCUCCAAGCCAUCAACGUAGCCGCCGCUCACGGAUCGAAAACAGAAGCAGCCGAGAACCGGCGUCUGCAAAUUUUCACAAGGACAUUGCAAGCCCAGCAAGAGCAUUUUGACGGUUCCGAUUUCUGUGCGGAUGUGCUGUCGAACAUUGUCGCUUAUGCGCAGAAUGACGAGAAGUUCCAGAGCUCAAUGGCAAACUGGAGAGAUGGUCGGAAUGGCACUGCACGCGAUACGAAUUCACAGAGCUCAUCUGAGCACACUAAGGUCAAGCUUGACUGGGCGAAUCUCGUUUCGAGGCGGCCACGGCUUUUUCUGCGGAUCAUGCUUUACUGGGACCAUGCUCUGUGUACUGGCGCUCCUCCGCUGGAUAAUUAUUUUCCGCUUGUUUUGCGUGAAAGUAGAUCAUAA